AGACAAAAAUCAAAUGGAACAAGCUUCGGUAAGUUUUAUGUCAAGUGUCAAAUUUAGAAAAAUGUCUGGACGCACAGAUCUUAAAAAAAACGAUUUGAAACGUCGGUUUUAACCAUUGUGCAUCCAUGAGAUUGUGUGCUCAAAUUGUGUCAUUGGAAAGCGACAAUUACUGUAGAGAAUUUUGUAUUUCAAAUUCGUUGAAUGCGAAAUAUUUGAAUUAUUUUCGCCUCUCAUAUUGUUGAAUAAAAAAUUGAGAAUUCUAGAAAAUGUAACUACUACCUAUGUUAAUUGGGUACGAAAUUUAGUUCAUCGUCUGUUUACAAGUUAAGCAUCUGUAAUUUGUCAACUAGGUUAAGAUGAAAUGGAUAAAAUAAAUACACACGUAAUAUAUUUGAAACUAAAAGGAUGUAUUAGUGAUUAUUGUGAGUUGGAAUGUAUAAAGGAAGGUACUUUGAAUAUUGACAUGAGAGAAUUACUGGUAAGCUGCUUAAAGUACUCCUUAGAAACAGACUCAUUAUGUGAUAUGAAAUUAUUAGAAAUAGAUAGCAUAUUAGAUUUUUUAAAUGAUGAAUUGAAUAGUGGACAUUGGAGCGAUGUUCCAAUUCAUACAAGACAUUAUUUUACAAUUGCAAGCUUUGUUAAAUGUCUCAUACUUUUAAAAACUAACAAUUGCAAUAAGGAACAGCUUUUAAAAACGAGCUUAAAAUGCCUUGAUAUUGGUUUGUUACUUGGAGCUCCAUUAGAAAAUAAUUUGGAAAUUUUAACAAAUUCUGCCAAAGUAUUAAGAGAAGAAAUAAAUAAACAUGUUUUGAAAGAUUCAACUAAAGUUCAAAUUAAGAAUAAACGGAUGAUUACAGAAUAUGAUAAGUUUUCUAAGAUUCCUGGCAUAUUAGUAGACUCAAUAGAUUCUCCUUCAAUAGAAUAUUUUAAUAGCAAAUGGUUCCUACCUCAAACUCCAGUUAAAUUGACAGGUUGUCUGGAACAUUGGCCAGCUUCAAAAAAAUGGCUCGAUUUAAACUACUUAUUAGAAUUGGCAGGUGAUCGAACUGUUCCUGUUGAAAUUGGUUCUCAUUAUGUUGAUGCAAAUUGGUCACAGAAGUUAAUGACGCUUAAAGAAUUUAUCACUAAAUAUUACGUAAGCGAUAAUGGAGAUAUUGGAUACCUUGCUCAACAUAAUUUAUUCGAACAGAUAACUGAGUUAAAAGAUGACAUUUGUAUUCCAGAAUAUUGUUGUUUAAGUUUAGAUUAUGAAAACUCAUGUGAACCAGAUAUAAACGCAUGGUUCGGACCUAAAGGAACAUUAUCUCCCUUGCAUACUGAUCCAAAGAACAAUCUUCUUGCUCAGGUGUAUGGUACGAAGCAAGUAAUACUGUUUUCACCUAAAGAUACAGAGUAUUUAUAUCCCCAUGAAGAUAAAUUGCUAAACAACACAGCUCAAGUAGAUCCGUUAGAACCAGAUUUGAAAAAUUAUCCAAAUUUUGUGAAAUCUACAUUAUACAAAUGCCUUUUAGAACCUGGAGACAUGUUAUUUAUACCAGUUAAAUGGUGGCAUCAUGUUACUGCAUUGGACAAAAGUUUCUCCGUCAGUUUUUGGUGGCAAUAAAAAUUUAGUUCAUCAAUUUUUUCAUUUAUAAUAUUUUCUUACAUCAUAGCAAUUAAUUAUUUUGCAAAAUCAUUUCAAGAGAUAUCAAUUAAUAAACUUUUGUAAAAGAAUGGUUUUACUAUUUUGCUUAUGCUAUUAGACCAUGGCAGAAGACAUCAAAAAUAAUAAAAAGUGAAAAAAAAUUAUAGUAGGAUGAAACCUAUUAAAAAAGGCAGAGGAUAUAAAAAUAAUGAAGGAAAAAAUGAAUUACGAGCUAUUCGAGAUCGGGAAGUGGGUGGGGGUGAGUUUUUAACGAUAAAAUAUGAUUUUAUUUCCGCCAAAACUGUAUGUUCUGCAGAUAAAAGUUAAAUGGUAAAGUUAUAGGUAAUCAAAAGAUCUAAGAACCUAACCUAACGUAAAAACUGAUGGGACGCCACUGCCAAAGCACUGAUUUUUUUUUGGUUGUUCAAUUUGUUCUUUUUAUAUGUUAUAUUAAAACUGUAUUUAUUUA